AUGAGUGAAAACACCCUAUGCAAGAUUUCCCAACGCGAAUUGUGGAGGAGUUGCCGUGUGAAGACUUUUUGUGAUUGGAAAGUGGUGUGUGUUAUAAUUUCAGAGAUAGAUGGACUUGAAGAAGAACCUAGCAGUCCUGCAGGUGAAGAUAGUUUCGCAGGAGAUUCUAAUCUCAGCCCGGCCAGAUACAACAGCGAUGAUGAUUCUUCCAGUGUAGCAUCAGCCACGCACAUCGGCGUUACGCUCCCGGGAAACAGCCCACGUCACAGCCUUCCGCCCAGUCCCCCCACGUCCUAUGAUCACGAUAUUAUCGAACUUCGUGAAACUAACGCCAGACUGCAGGAACUCAUAGAUAACUUGAAGCGACAGCUAGACUUUGUUGCGGAAUCACUUCAAGAGGAACGAUGCAAUUCAGAGCAACUGCGAGAUUUACUAAACAGCAUAACAACAGAGUGGAAUGACGUGUCAGAACUACGUCAGAACGAGAUGAUAACGGUAAAACAAGAACUCGAACGAGCCGAGGAACGCAUUGAGUUAGUGGAAUAUCGGUCAGCGGAGCGAGCAAGCGAGAUUGAAGAGGCGCUCGAUUCUUACGUCACUAGGGUUUUGAAAAUCGAAGCUAUACAACAGCAAAGCCAACAAAUGAUGGGAUUGGACGAUUACUUGGAUCAGAGCGCUCAGGCCAAAGCGCUUUUAUCAAAAUUCCUCACUAUGAUCCUGGCCAUCUUACAGAUUGUACUUAUCAUAUGCACAACACUAGCCAGAAUAGUUAUUCCCUUCACAAGAACAUGGUUCCGUAUUGUAGUAACAAGCGUGGUUAUUUUAAUACUGGCCGUAUUAUGGAGAUACCAAGAGAGUGACAAUGUACGACUUGUUAUGGACAGCGUGACAGGGCAUGUCACAACAAUGAGAGACAGAAUCAUAUCGCUAGGAACUCCGCUACAGAAUUUUGUGCAAAAGAUUUAUCAACGAGACAAAUCAUGACACACAGAGAUGAUACUCUACAAUGACGAAGAAUCAUCAGUAUGUGCGAGACCUAGAGAGAUUUAAGCGAGCCAGAAUGGCGAACCCACGAAAUUCUUUUGCGUUUUAUUUCGGGAUCUAGUUCUGAUAAGAAUAUUAUAACAAUAUUUUAACGGGGAGUCAAUCACAUUUUUUUUGCAUCAAAUGGAACAGGUGCUAUUAAUCCACUAAAGUGCAUACCUGUGGCAUUAGCAAAGAGAUUUUUACGGUCAUGCAAGCACCGAUUUAUCUCUUUUUCUCUUUGUUGUUGUUUUUAGCUUAUUAACUCGUUUUGCAACGUCAGUUCACGAUUGACUCUCGCUUUUUGCUCUUGGUCAUCGCCGAGGCGUGUAUUGCUCUUCGUUGUAAAUAAGGCUUCAAUUGAAAAUGGGCGUUGUAGAGGCAGGACCUUUGACGAUAUGGUGUAAGAAUAGAAUUUGAUACAAUCUCGUUCCCAUGGUCUCUCGUCUUCCCGCGGGAAACACAGAGACUGGGAACGAGGUUGAGUUUGAUAGUGAGAUCAUCACCAAAACGUGUUUUUUCACAAAUUUUUACGCAGCAAACAGGCAAAAAAUCUCACUUAAACGUAUUUUCUCCUCGCAACCUGAAAAAUCCAACUUUGGCGAUGAUUUUGGCAAUAAAAUGAUUCACUUGUUAUUUAUUUAAUAUUGUAAAGAAAAGAAAAUGAAAUGACGUGGUCAAUAAGGUUUGUUUCGAACUUCAAGAUCCUUGAAGUAAACUAAACAAUUGAAGGGUGAAGAAAUUUAAAAUUGAAGCCAAGCAAGUCAUUGUCAAUGAAAUGAAUUUUAAUAAAUUAUCUGUAACCUACUGGUAGGGAAAUUAUA